AUGGGCGUCAUCGGCGUCUCUUUGAUCGUCGUCUCCUUUGUGUACGUCCUCGCCUGCCCGAUCGGUUGGCUUCCACGAUGGAUCGUGGAUUUCAAGCGGGGUCUUGGAGGGGCGCCAGCCAUCACCGAGGGACCCUUGACAUCUACAGCCAAGGCUGAACCGGGACGAGAUGAAGAUGCGAGGGAUAACACAGCGACUUCGACUGCAAGAGACGAAGCCGGCUCUGCUACUGAAACGGUCAACCGCAAAGCGCAAGGCUCGAGGGAGAUGCCGCCGCCUCCCAGGCCCAUGACUGCGCAGCAACCACCCGCAAUAAAAGCACCGUCUCUGCCCGAGUCGACAGAUGAAGAGGAACAAAUCACCCCCAAGGCCGCGCCGGCAGAGUCCAAGGGACCAGUGCCGACCUUCUCCUUAUCGGACGAUGCACCAUCCAAACCCUCUCGUGCGCCCUCAGCCUCAGCAUGGGCCUCCACGAUGCCCUCCUCUUCCUCGUCAGCCAUGCCGCCUCCUCCACGUCCGAACCCUCAACCACCUCGCCUGCCUCAGUUCCCAGCCGCCAACUCGCCGCAGAUUGCGCGAGGGCCCGCCCCCGACCGUGGCCCUCCUGCUGGUGGUCUCGCCCCUCCUUCUGGGGGUCUCGCCCCUCCACCGACGCUUGCCGCCAAACCGAACAAGCCGAGCAAAAAGGUCAUGCUCCAACCGGGUCGGUCGCCGUUGGACUGGGCUCGCAUCUCCGGGCCCUCCUCUGAUCUACGAAACCUCCCACCGAACACGCCCUAUCUUCGUGUCACGCCCUCCAUGCUGAAGGCGCAAAACGGGCGCAAGGGAACGGAUGCGUGGAUGGCGCUCAAUGGCAAGGUGUACAACAUCUCGCCUUACGCAGAGUACCACCCAGGUGGCAAGGGUGAACUCAUGCGCGGUGCUGGAAAGGACGGGACCAAGUUAUAUGGGGAAAUCCAUCCCUGGGUGAACUACGAGACGAUGAUGGCGGCCUGCCUGAUAGGGUUAUUGGUCGACGAGCCGGAUGGCAAAAGGGGCAGUGAGAUGGAUGAGAUGGAUUGA